UUGCAACACAAACACAACAGCAAGAUAGCAUCUCUCUCAUUGAAUUUUGCUGUGUCAAUUCCAACUUUUCAAUAUAAAUUAAACUUUAUUUAAUCCAAAUUAAGAAAUUUAAAUACUAUCAAUAGAGUUCAAGAUGCCAGAUUUCCUUGGAGAUGAUAUGAGAAAAACAAAAGAUGAUAAGGAGGAAGAGAAAGAAAUAAAAUCGUUGGAUGAAGCUGACAUUGCUCUUCUCAAGACUUAUGGCCAGGGCCAGUACACAAAAAGUAUAAAAGCUGUGGAAGAUGACAUUCAGACUGUUAUAAAGAGAGUGAAUGAGUUGACAGGAAUCAAAGAGUCGGACACAGGUCUCGCCCCUCCCGCCCUCUGGGACUUGGCUGCUGACAAGCAGACCCUUCAGAAUGAGCAGCCACUACAAGUGGCAAGGUGCACGAAAAUUAUUAGUGCCGAUACUGAUGAUCCCAAGUACAUAAUCAAUGUGAAGCAGUUUGCCAAGUUCGUAGUGGACCUAGCUGACACGGUCGCACCCACCGACAUAGAAGAAGGAAUGAGAGUAGGUGUUGACCGCAACAAGUAUCAGGUGCACAUCCCUCUGCCCCCAAAGAUCGACCCGACUGUGACGAUGAUGCAGGUGGAGGAGAAGCCGGAUGUCACCUACAGUGAUGUCGGAGGCUGCAAGGAGCAGAUCGAGAAGCUCAGAGAAGUCGUCGAAAUACCUCUUCUGCAUCCUGAGAAAUUCGUGAAUCUUGGAAUCGAGCCGCCGAAAGGUGUUCUGCUGUUUGGACCCCCUGGCACAGGAAAGACUCUGUGUGCCAGAGCUGUGGCCAAUCGCACAGAUGCCUGCUUCAUUCGUGUUAUCGGCUCAGAGCUAGUACAGAAAUACGUUGGAGAGGGCGCCCGUAUGGUGCGAGAACUGUUCGAGAUGGCUCGCAGCAAGAAGGCGUGUCUGAUCUUCUUCGACGAGAUCGACGCGAUUGGCGGCACUCGGUUCGACGACGGCGCGGGAGGGGACAACGAGGUGCAGAGGACCAUGUUGGAGCUCAUCAACCAGCUCGACGGUUUCGAUCCAAGGGGUAACAUCAAGGUGUUGAUGGCAACCAACCGGCCGGACACCCUGGACCCGGCACUGAUGCGGCCCGGUCGACUGGACAGGAAGGUGGAGUUCGGUCUGCCCGACCUGGAGGGACGAACCCACAUUUUCAAAAUCCACGCUCGCUCCAUGAGUGUCGAACGAGACAUUCGUUUCGAACUUCUGGCUAGGCUGUGUCCUAACAGUACUGGUGCCGAGAUCAGAUCAGUGUGUACGGAAGCUGGUAUGUUUGCCAUCAGAGCUCGUCGGAAGGUCGCUACCGAAAAGGAUUUCUUGGAAGCUGUUAACAAAGUUAUCAAGUCCUAUGCUAAGUUCUCUGCUACUCCCAGAUACAUGACUUACAAUUAAUUCAAUAGCUUGAAUUUCACUGGUAUUUGAAAUGAUCGUGAAUUGAAAUUCACGAUUCUUCAUUUUCUAAUCACAAUAAUUUUCUGAAUGUCAAAAUAUAUAACAUUUCUAUUAAU